CUCGAGAUUUCUGUGGCUCCUCAAGAUAUUAGUCAUAAUCUUGGGACUUGGCGUUGCUGGUUUUAUGUUCGGAAGCACGUUCCUUCAAGCAGUGUUCAGUAGCCUCAAGCCAGAGCUCCCAAGUCCUGCCCCGGAUGUCCAGAAGCUGAAGCUUCUGCCUGAGGAACAUCUCAGGAACCUCUUUUCCUACGAUGGAAUCUGGCUGUUCCCGAAAAAUCAGUGCAAAUGUGAAGCCAACAAAGAGCGGGGAAGUUACAACUUUCAGGAUGCCUAUGGCCAGAGCGACCUCCCAGCAGUGAAAGUGAGGAGACAGGCUGAAUUUGAACACUUUCAGAGGAGGUAAUGCAGGCCAUGAAGGCUCUUGGGUUCUGAGAUGGAACAAAAGCUCUCCCUAUGUCCUGAGGGUGUGAGUCUUAAGAGAAACAGCAGGAAGGAAUUCUCUCUCUUGCAAGGGUCCCUGGGAGGAACUAUUAGGAAUGAAACAAAAAGAAGGAAUUGAGGAAAUCAUCCUUAAAUGAAGAUUUACAAAACUUUGUAUGUAUAAAACAUUUCAUAACAACAACAAAAAGCUGGGGUU